AUGAUGGCGCAUGAACUACCGCUAUCUAUUCAUAGCAAGCCAAGCUAUGACGCUGCUCCAAAGCAGCCUCAACAUCAACCACCUCCGACUUCUAAGAAGAAUAAGGCAAAUAAGGGCGUGGAAAGAACUUUGCCAAGUGGAGAACCAGUGGAUUUUGGAGGCAAGAAGUCAAACUCGAAACCCAAGUUGAUGGCUGCUCCAUCGUUACCAGAUGGAUCUGCUCCCAAGUUCCAUCCAGAUGCCCCUGCUCCUUCAGGCGCUACCGGUAAGUCCAAAAAGAGCAAGAAUAAGAAGCAUAAAGAUGCUUCUAUUCCAGAACCUUCGCUUCCAAACGGCGCUAAACCAAAUUUUUACAAUAAUGAUCAAGGCAAACCUUCUCGUCCUAUUAAGAAGAAUGAACAAACAUUACCAAACGGAUCCAAACCAAACUUUAAUCCUUCGUCUACUUCAAGUUCUAACAAGAAGAACUCCAAUAACAAAAACAAGAAGGCGGAUACAGUUCCUGCAGUUGAAGAAACUUAUGCUGGCUCUUCGUUUCAUUCAUCUCCAGCAGCUUUGAAUCUUCCAAAACCAUCAUUUAAAACCUCACCAAAGUCAAGCAACUUAUCAACCAAGUCAAGCUCGCCUCAACCGGCUCAACAAGAAAGGUCUCCUAUUCAGUCAAUGCAGCAGCAGGGACCUCAGGGACCUCAUGCUCCACAAGCUCCUCAGGCCCCUCAUGCUCCGCAUGUAAUUCAGCAUCUCCCGCAGCAAGGGCCCCAUCUUGGAGCACACCAUUUUCCAUACCCAAAUGGACCUAUGUUCCCUGUUGCUCCUUAUCCCCACACCUCGUUGCCUCCAGCAUUUCCUUCUCCAAAUCAAAAUCCAAUGAUCUACAGAGGAAAUCAAUUUGUACAGCCUGGUUUUUCUUAUCAACACUCCCCACAAGGAUAUAUCACCUACCAAGGAAAUCCACAACAGAUCAACCCACAAGGAGCCCCUCAAGGAGCUUUCAAUGGAGCUCCAUUCCCCUUUACCCCACAACAACAAUCUGCUCCUUAUCCACAAGCUAACUCUAGCCAGCAGGGACAAAAGAUCAGCUUCGUUGAGUUGUUAGACUCGGGUUCAAAAUAA